AUGGAGAAGCUUACCAUAUUGUUCUUAUGCUCUAUUGUUCUAAGCUCAAUCUUUAUAACUUGUGCAUCCUUAGACACGAUUUCAGCAAAUCAAACCAUCACAGAUGGCAACACCAUUGUUUCAGCUGGUCAAAAUUUUGAAAUGGGGUUCUUCAGCCUUGGCACAUCAAGGAAACGAUACGUGGGGAUUGUAAAUCAGAACCCUGUGUUUCUUUCUGCACAAACACUAAACACAAGAGAUAGAAGAAGAGAUGAAAACAAUGGAGAAGGGUAUUUUGGGAAACUUUUAUGUUGGGGUUUUUAUUAA